AUGUUUAAAAUUUCAAGCACAGCCAGCAAUCAGGAGUUAGUGCUGGCAAAGGCAACAACCUUUGCCAAGCCCAAGGUAAGCACCAAACAAGCUUUAACCUAUUUAUAUAGAUGCUUUCGCAUUUUGGGUCUUUAUCGCACCGAGAAAUAUAAAAAUGCCUAUAUAAUUUAUUGCAUAGUUAUACACUGCUGUGUAACCAUAUUCCUGCCGGCUUCCUUUAUAGCCAGCUAUUCUUUGGAAUCAAAUAAAAGUCUAGACUAUGAUACGCUAUUCACCUCCAUACAAGUGGCCAUAAAUGUAAUUGGUUGCUCCAUGAAAAUCUGCAUGCUGCUGUAUUUUAUACCCCAUCUGCUAACUGCCGAGCCGGUAAUGGCCAAAUUGGAUGAACGUUGUAUAGCCGAGGAUGAGAUAGAGUUGCUGUUUAAAAUCAAAAACUUGGGACGUAAAUUGGUGGUUAAUUUCUCUAUAACAUUUUGGAGUUAUGCCACCUCCACUUUCAUUGUCUCCAUGUUGGCUGGUCAUCCGCCUUAUUCUUUAUAUUUGCCGCGCAUUAAUUGGCGUAACUCCAGAUGGGAAUAUUUUGUGGCCUCUUUUAUAGAGUUUUUGCUAAUGGAUGCUGCCUGCUUUCAGCAAGUGGCCAAUGAUUCUUAUGCUGCUGUAUAUGUUUGUAUUUUGCGAGCUCAUGUGAAUAUCUUGCGACUAAGAAUCCGAAAAUUGGGUUCAGAUCCCCAAAAAACUUUGCAGGAAAAUGAAGAGGAAUUGAAAAUGUGCAUUAAAGAUCAUAAAAACUUAAUAGAGCUCUACAAAAUCAUCUCACCCGUAAUAUCAGCCACCAUCUUUCUACAAUUUACCAAUACCGCCGGCAUUUUGGGCAUUACUCUCAUCAAUAUGCUAAUCUUUGCCCGUGACUAUUCCUCCAUUAUAGCUUCUUGCUUUUAUGUUUUAGCUGUGGUAGUGGAGAUAUUCCCCCUGUGUUACUAUGCCAACUGUUUGGUGUGCGACAGUGAUCUGUUGAGCGUAGAGAUAUUCCACUCAACUUGGAUCCAGCAAAAUGCCCAUUACCGCAAAAUGCUAAUAUUUUUUAUGCAACGUUCCCAGCAAACCAUGCAGUUGAUGGCGGCCAAAAUGUUUCCCAUUAAUUUGAAUAGUUUUAUAAGUAUUGCCAAAUUCUCCUUUUCACUUUAUACUCUCAUCAAGAAAAUGGGCAUUAAAGAGAGAAUGGGUUUGGAGUAA